AUGGUUUUGCGCAAAUCUAACGGAAAAUCCUAAAAAUGGCGAAAGACUGGAAAAUCCUCUAAACUCCAUUGAAUUCAAUUCCUCUCUGAAGGGUUUUGCGCAAAUCUAACGGAAAAUCCUAAAAAUGGCGAAAGACAGGAAAAGGUCACAUUCGCAGCGCUCCCCAUCACCCCCCAAACCCUCAAUUUUCCCUUCCUACCAAACCGCCCCUAACCUCAACCCCAAAGUCAAACUCCUCUGCGAAAUCAUCUCCACCACGCCCUCCGCCUCCGUCGAGAGCCUUCUCGAAGACACCGGCCUCCGCAUCACCCAGCACGACGUCGAAAACGUUCUCAGCCUCUCCUACUCUUUCCCUUCACAAGCCGUCAAGUUCUUCCGUUGGUCGGGCCACGAACUCCAACACCAACAUUCCCCUUACUCCUGGAACCUCGUCGUCGACCUGUUGGGAAAAAACGGCCUCUUUGAUGCUAUGUGGGACGCCAUCAAGUCCAUGAAAAACGUAGGGUUAGUUUCUUUGGCUACUUUUGCUUCUGUGUUUAGUAGUUAUGUUAGAUUUGAUAAAGUUAAGGAAGCUGUUUUGACUUUUGAAGUUAUGGAUGAGUACGGUUGUGUUAGGGAUGUUGUUGCUUUGAAUACUUUGAUUAGUGCUAUUUGUAGGGAGGGUAAAACCAUUGAUGGUUUGGAGUUUCUAAGAGUGGCUAAAAGUAGGAUUAAGCCGGAUUUGGAUAGUUACGCCAUGUUGCUAGAAGGGUGGGAAAAUGAAGGGAAUGCUAGUUUAGCAAAAACGACUUUUGAUGAGAUGAUUGCGGAAGUAGGGUGGGAUCCCGGGAAUGUACCGGCUUAUGAUUCGUUUUUGAAUGCUUUGAUUAAAGGGAAGGAUGGGAUUAGUGAGGCUUUGAGGCAUGUCGAUAUACUGCUAGAGAAGAAGUGUUAUCCAGGGAUGAAGUUUUUUAGGGAUGCACUCGAGGAUUUUCAGAAAGUUGGUAAUGUUAGGGGUGCUGAGUUGAUUUGGAAGACGAUGGUGGAGAAAGUUGGGAUUCUACCUGAUACAGAGAUGUAUAAUUCGAUGAUCACUUUGUAUUGUUCCAAGAAUUAUACUGAUAUGGCGAAGAAGAUGUUGGAUGAGAUGGUUUUCACUGGGGCAUUUCCGGAUGCGCAAUCAUAUGAUGUGUUGUUUCAUUUCUUGAUCAAGAAUAGGAAGUUGAAAGAUGCUUCGAUGUUGUUCAACGAAAUGGUUAAAAACGAGUUUUUCCCAAGUAAAGCAGAUUGCGUUGCAGCGGUUAAGAUUUUUCUUGACAUUGGAGACCCAUAUGUGGCUAUAAAAGUUUGGAAAUUCAUGAUAGAGAAUUAUGAUUCUGAUUUGGAGCAGACUGGAAAUAUAUUGAUUAAUGGGCUUCGCGAUGCAAACAUGCUUCCUGAGGCAGUUAAGUAUGCUGAGGGUAUGAUUGAGAAGCGAAUAAAGGUCACAUCAGCAACAUUGUCUAGACUGAAACACAGCCUUAGCAAAGAAAAAAAAGACGGGGUAUACGAAGAACUUUUAAGAAAAUGGAAAUCCUUUUAGUCUUAUCGGAAGUGCUUGAAUUACGCGUUAGCUCAAAUGAGCACUGGAAAUCCGUAUUUUGUUUCUCAAAGUGAGCAGCACAGUUUGAACUUUGAAUUUAUUUCAUUCUUAUCUGUAGGUUUGAUUCACUGCUCAUUUUGUAUGCUGGCCCUAGCUGUUGUGCCAAUAGCCCGGUAUUUCGAAAACCAUAGUUAUGUCGCUGCGAACUAGAUCACUAAAUACUUGGAUACUUGUAUAA